CGUGUACCAAGAGGGGCUGGAAAACUAUCGCCGUCGCGUGUGAAUGACGACAGUGCGUCGCAUCAGUGUAUAGUCAGGCAACAUGGCCGCAUCCAUGAGACUGCUGGUCCGCAGGGUAAUCCGUCUUUCACAUAGAAAUAUUAACGCUAGCGCUGCUGGAUUUUCGGGUCGGUCGGGCUGCUGUUGGGGACUCUCGUCUUGUCGUUGUUUCAGCGAUGCAACCGGAGGCAGAAGUACACAUUUUGGUUUCGAAACAGUGCCAGAGGCAGAGAAGGCGACCAGAGUGUAUAAGGUGUUUGAGAAUGUGGCACAGAAGUACGACAUUAUGAACGAUGCCAUGAGUCUAGGGAUUCAUCGAUUGUGGAAGGACACGCUGCUGCAUGUCAUGCACCCACAGCCCGGGGUGCGGCUUCUGGAUGUUGCAGGCGGAACAGGUGACAUCGCCUUUCGUUUCCUGGAGUAUGUUCGUACUCAGCAAGAGCGGCAGAAGCGGCGGGCGGCGCGAUCCAUGCAGACACCAUCGUGGCAGGACAUUUCUAACAACUACUCCACAGAGGAUGAAGGCGGGCCCCGGGAAUCCAGGGCUGUGGUCUGUGACAUUAACAAGGAGAUGCUGAAAGUGGGCAAGCAGAAAGCCGACAGCACGGGUGUCGGUGCUGGUCUGUCAUGGGUGGUGGGGGAUGCAGAGGAGCUGCCUUUUGAUGAUGACCAGUUCGAUAUUUAUACCAUCGCCUUUGGCAUUCGAAACGUCACUCAUAUAGAUCAGGCACUGCAGGAGGCUCUGCGGGUCCUGAAGCCUGGUGGCAGGUUCAUGUGUUUAGAGUUCAGCAAAGUGACAAAUCCUGUGUUGGCAAGGCUCUAUGAUGCGUACAGUUUCCAGAUGAUCCCGGUGUUGGGGGAGGUGAUUGCUGGAGACUGGAAGUCUUACCAGUAUCUGGUCGAAAGCAUCCGAAAGUUCCCAGACCAGGAGGAGUUUAAGCAAAUGAUUGAGGAAGCAGGUUUCUACUGUGUGCAGUAUCACAACCUCACUGGUGGCAUUGUGGCUCUUCACUCUGGUUUCAAGCUGUGAGAUGCACUCCUAAAGCGUCAUAUAAAAAUACAAGCUUGGAUGGCCAUUCUGUUCAUGGAGCUCUGCAGGGAGGAUGGACCAGGGUCAAUGGGAAUGUCUGCACUUUUAAAAGGCCCUUUUGUAUCUCAAGCCGAAGCAAGACUUUUAAAUGACAAAACUGUCAAAAGACUUAAACAACAUUUUUCAGCAAAGAUCCUGUUAAACGUCUUUGCAGUCUUGGCAAGUGUACACUUUUGAACUGUGUUCCUCUUUGCUGAUGUUACUGUCAGACGGUUGAUGUUGUCGUAAUUUGAGACUUCAGAUAAAAUGUUACUCAUUAAAAAAUGGUGACUGAUGAGUUUACAUAUACAGAACCAAACUAGAAUGGAUUAAACUAGCAAACACCAUAAUUUAUAGACUGAAUAGAUGGUGCGUCACUCAUCACAAAGACAAUAUAUUUAAUGUUUUACCUUUAAGCUUUUAAUGUUUUACAGAACGUCCUGACUUUUGUGGACUCGGGUUUGUGUUUAUGCUCACAUUUGACUAAAUUAAGGCCUCUGAAGGGUGUUUCUUCUCUUAUUUUGCCUCACAACUAGAUAAUUGCAGACUUUUUAAGGACGUGUGGACAUUCUGGUCAGCAUGAGAGCAGUGAACUUUGGCAUGAAAGUCAUUCUCUUCGCAGUGAUGACAAACAUGAAACAUGAGGACUUGAAAAUCUGUAAUUUUCUGUAAUUAACUUUAGCCUUGUGAGGACAAACCCAUGAGCCUUGAACAUUCAAACGUUUUCUGCUCCUCAGACUGAAAUUGGACGGAAAUUGUUAACGCUACAUAAAAAGUAUUUACACAAAAGGCUCAUUAAUUUUUUACAUUUUGGGAAAGAAAAGUUGUUACAUGUGAUAAAGUUGCCCCUGGUGUGAGCUGUUAAUUAACCAUGAAAGGAAGUCACGACCGAGUCAUCCGCUGCUGUGACACACACAUACGCACCCAUUAUACACCCACAUGUGUGCUGGCAGGAUUACACCUGUCUUAACGGAUGUCGCUACAGGUUUUCUGCUCUGUAAUGACAUUUCCGGGAGUUUGGCACCAGUAGCCACCCUCUCAUCAGCAUUAAUUAAACCCUUAUCUUCAUUCAUGCGCCCGAAGUUAAGCCUUCAACGAGUUGUUUGUCAGCACAUGAGAGGAGUCAAUCAACAGCAGUGCUACUGUCGUCUGACUCAACGCCUGCAACGCAAAGCCGAGCCAAGUCGGCUGGAAAAACAAGGCACAGCAUUGUGUAUUUGGGUGUGUUUUCACUCAGUGGCCUGUGUGACUCAAUCUGGGAUAAUAAAUUAGGUUUUUCAAGACACUGGUCCUCCACACUUCUGUUGUAGUGGGUCUAGUGGUAAUGAGUGUGUAUUUGAGACACUAACCUGGCUUCUCCUUUGCUUGAGUUUGAUCUUGAUGAGCAGAAUGAGGCAAACCAGCGACACGACCACGAAGAAAGCCAGGAAGAUGCCCAUGUCAAAAUA